CAGUGCUGCAAAUAGGAAGCAAGAAUUGUAAACUGUUACAGUCAUUACAUAUUUAUAAAUAAAAUAUAGAUAAAUUUGGGAGUACAACUGAAAUAUAUUAAAAUGCAGGCUACAAUACGAUGACAUUCGAAUUCUAAGAAACUUUAAAUUCAUGCUAUUUCAUGGGCAGGCUACAUUGGCUACACUGAGUGUGACACUAGGUUCUCACCGCCAACUUCUUGCCAAAGGAGUUGGUGUUUUGUUUCUCCAUAUAGUGCUUUCAGGACGAAAAUUUUUGCUUGUUAGAAAAUAACUGUUUAUUUCGUUGUGGCACUGGACUAGUGAAUAUAGUCGCGUAUGCCUCAGCAAUAGUGUAACUGCUUACUGUAAACUUCUUUACAAUGAUAAAAUUGUUUUCCUUGAAGCAACAGAAAAAAGAUGGUGAAUCAGCUCCAAAAACUGGAAACCAGAAGAAAGCUUCAGCAGCCCAGUUACGAAUUACGAAAGAUAUAAAUGAACUUAAUUUACCCAAGACAUGUAAUACGGAGUUUCCAGAUCCAGAUGAUUUGUUGACAUUCAAGCUUAUUAUAUGCCCAGACGAGGGCUUUUACAGAGGAGGACGUUUCAUUUUUAGCUUCAAAGUUGGGCCAAAUUAUCCACAUGAACCACCGAAAGUAAAAUGUGAAACUCCAGUGUACCAUCCAAACAUUGACCUGGAAGGCAAUGUUUGUCUGAACAUCUUGAGAGAAGACUGGAAACCAGUACUCACAAUCAACUCUAUAGUUUAUGGAUUGCAAUAUUUAUUUCUGGAGCCGAAUCCCGAGGAUCCACUGAACAAGGAAGCUGCAGAAGUGCUUCAGAACAACAGGCGCCUUUUUGAACAAAAUGUUCAGAAAGCAAUGAGGGGUGGCUAUGUUGGUUCAGUGUACUUUGAAAGGUGUUUAAAGUGAUAGGUAUUACACAGAAAAUGAACUAUUUCAAGACAGUUGAUGGCUGACAAGAUUCUACCCGAGGAAAUUGCAACUUAUUUCUUAGAGGUUGAAGGGAGCCUGUUUCAGCCAUUGCAGGAUGAUACAUGUGAGCAGUAUUGGAUUUGUGCAUAUAAUUGCUUUACACAUAAUAUCUGAACCAUAAACACUAGGAAAUGUCAUCUUCUAAGUUAAGACCGACAGAACUGUUGUGCAUACUUUUAAUUCACUUACAUAAACUGCAAUGAAGAAAGCCUUUUUAAGUGUGUAAGCAGUUUGCACACACAAAUGCUGCAUCCCUAUUGAAUGAAUUUUAAUUAUGUUUAUGAAAAUUAUGGUCUUUGUGUUUGAACAAUUUUUGUUUAAUAUUUGUGUGGUUUCUUGGUCUGUAGUUUCCCCAGGAGAAUGAAUGGUUGUUUCAGUAGGAUUUCAUUCUGUUGGAAUAAAGUUAAGAUUUUGUUAUCAAAAGAAUUUUCAAUCUGCUGUUUUAGCUUCAAACUGUCAAAAUUCAGUGAGCCUGUUACCAAAGCUAAUGCAUUUCUUUGGCUACUAAUUAGUACAUUGUAGGCUGUUUCAUAAAUUUAUUCUGCCAAAUAAAUUGAUAGUGAUAAAAGUU